GGCAAAACAGAAAAAGAAAAAAGAUAAAAUUGCUUUGCACCAGCGUCCCAAAUUCAAAAUUUCAAAAGGUGGGAAAAACUCGAUUUACUUUCCCAAAUCCGGCCGACAAUCAGAAGCUCCAUUCUCCACACCCCCACCGGAAACAUCCACCGUCCCACACUUUCAAAAUCACACCACACCACUUCUCCGUUUCACUUCCGGUGACCGUAAAGUCCACUAAAUCUGUAAACUGACAACAGCAAUGGCCGAAACCCUAAGCCCUAAUACCAAACAGAAAGGCCCAUUUUCUCCGACAAAAUUUGUCUUGGGCUCCAAUGAUGACAAGCUUGAACGUGCUCGGGCACGCGCCGCCCGUGCUGCCGUUAUCCGUCGCAAACCACUCCCUGUCCCGCCUCCGUCAUCUACUUGCCUUGACGAGCAGCAGAUUCUCGAACUCUUCCAGAAUUGCAUCAAACUCGCCAGUGAAAAUAAAAUUAAUCAGAAGAAUACUUGGGAGCUAGGUUUGAUUGAUCAUCUAUGCGAAAUCGUUAAAGUUGAACAAGAGAAUGAUUCUGAGACCAACUUUCAGAAGGCUAGUUGUACUCUUGAGGCUGGAGUUAAGAUUUACUCAAUGAGGGUGGACUCAGUACAUUCAGAGGCAUAUAAAGUUCUUGGAGGAAUCAAUCGUGUUGGUAAAGGAAAUGAUCAAGAUCCUGUUGUAGAGGAUGCCAAUGCUGAAAAUGAGCAGGAGGAAGGUCACCCUAGAGAAGAGCAAGAAAAAAAGCUAUCGCCUUUAUCAACACUAGAGUCAUCAUUCGAUUCUAUCAAUGUGAAGAAAUUUGAUGCCGCUUUUGCUGUUGAUCCUCUUUAUCAUCAGACAUCAGCUCAGUUUGAUGAAGGUGGUGCAAAGGGUCUUUUGUUGAAUAACCUAGGAAUCUAUGGUACUUGCAGUGUCCUUUUUGAUUCAUGCGAGAUACCUGGGAAGUCAAUACCAGAAGAAAUUCGGAAUGAUAGAACAGAUUCCAUUGAUAUAUGUUUUGCUAAAGAUUGUGUUGAAGAAAUGGUAUUGAAUAUGCCCAAGAAGGACGAGAUAUCACCGAGUCUGAGGCAUAUGAUUAGUCAAUUCAGUGGAGAGAUGCAGGUGCCAGCUGAAACAGAUUUUUCUAGCCAGCUUUCACCAGAACAAACUUCUGAAUCGUUUGGCCUAGAUGUGGAUGAUGGUGAUGUAUUUGACAAUUCUGGAGCCUGGCCGAUGGAUCAUGAUGAUGGAAUAGAUGUGGCAGAACAAGGCUCUCACAAUAUUGAUCAAAUUUCAUCAGGGCAACAGGAGGGCACUGAACCAUUUACUUUUCUCGAUGCUGAAGAUGAUGACAGAUCUGAGAGAGUUGAUGAUUACUUGUUUUUAAGUUUAGGAUUUUCUUCAAAGCACAAUUCCUGGGCUGGUCCUGAUCAUUGGAAGUAUCGGAAGGUGAAAGUCUCAGAGGAGCCUUGCAAGGAAGAUGGAUCACCAGUAAAGACUAAGAAAACAAAGAGCAGAAAAGCAGAACCUGAAAUUUCUUUCACAAAAGCAUUGGACACUGAUCUAUCGCAUGUCUUUGCUCCUCCAAAGAAUCCCAAGUUACUACUCCUUCCAGCUAAUAGAACAUCGUGUAACAGGUUACUUCCAGAAGAUUGUCAUUAUCAACCUGAGAAUCUUGUGAAGCUGUUUCUCCGAUCCAAUGUCACGUGCCUCGGAAGGAGAGGAAAGAAAGUCCCAGAUGAAGCCGGUCAACAAAGUGAUGAUUUUGGAGCUAUGCCAUCUUGGGAUGAUGAUGGUGGAUUUCCUGGGACUUUUGAUGAUACUUUUGAUGAUGGCAAUGCAUUUAGUGAUGUUGAGGAGUCAAGUACACUUGUCUCUCAACCUCGCCAGGUAAACAAGAUUGAAGUCCAGUAUGAUAAAACAUCCAAACAAGUAGAUGUUCAAGUGCUUAAGGAAACGCUUUGGGACCAAUUAAAUCAAACAUCAGUUAAGGAAGAAAGUGUAUCUUUCAAGCACAUCUUGGCUGCUUUUCCAAAUGAAUGCAGAGCGUCAGCAUCGAUUGAGGCUAUAUCUCCACAUUUAUGCUUUAUUUGCUUGUUGCAUCUUGCAAAUGAACAUGGAUUACGGAUACAAGGUUGUGUCAACUUGGAUGACCUCAGUAUACAGCUGGAAGCUCACAAUAAUAGUCUCCCUAAUGCUGUGGCCUAAACAAUCUUUUUCAGUUUUUGCUUUUACUACUGUAAUGUAUAUCAGAUGUAGAUUGGCCUUUCAUUUAUUGCACAUGCUGCUUUCCUUUCUGGGAUGGAGCAGUAUAGGAUCCUGGAGUGAAUGUUUUAUUGUAUUUCCAAGUUAUAGGUUAAUUAGAUACCAACAAACAGUUAUGAAUGUAACCAGUAUCCUUGUGGUCAUUCUUGUCCUCGAGUUGACUACAAGUAAUCUGUGUAGAUGCAGUCUGGGGGUCCGAUGUUUAUUGGGAAAAUUUCAUAAAACACUAUCUUUUAGUAGUAAUUAGUCAUUUAUAGAUACCACUUGCUAUA